CUGCGACCGUCUCGCAGCUAUCGCCCCCGAUCUACCCCAAAGCUGUGCGCCUGGACGACUCUUUCGUGUCUAUGCCUUUCCUCUUGCGAUCAAUCCAUCAUCAUACCUCGGUGUACAGGCGUUGAUGAUUGACAUUAUAUGUCUAUGAUUUUUGUUAUAGGGCUUGGGCUGGAGUUCCACCCGCGAAUGCCAACGCGGCGGUUCCGCAAACUGCAGUCCUUGGCCAUUUCCUUUCUGCUCUCUCUCUUGGGACCUGGGCUCUGUAUUUCUUCUGGUUGGAGAAGGGGGUUAGGUUCGUAGACGGAGAACAAUGUUCCCUUCAUCUGCCAAAAUGGCGCUCCCUACUACAAUACCUAGUAUUGCUGGUUGUGCCAGUCGCUCACUCCCUGUCGGACUCAGGUUCUCCCCCGCGGUAGUGAAGUCGGGUCCAUGUUAUGUUUUGAGCGUUCUUGCUUAUUGGUUCACAUGUAUUCGAUUUUUUUGACGGACGAGUGUGGGCAUAUUGUGUGGCAUGGGGAGACGGGAGACAAGGGGGGAACGGAAAUUCCGGACUGGGCGAUGAUGUGUCUGAUGUCUGUUCCUCACGUCGGCAUUGUGUUUUUCAAGCAGCCAGCAACCAGUAAAGUGCGAAAGGGUAUUGCGCAUACGCCACGGCGAAUCGGACUGGUUCUAGCAAGUAAUCAAUCAACGAAUGAUCGAAUCCAAACUAUGUUGGGUCAGAAUAUUCCUAGUCUUGUUUUCUUCGGAUCGUGGUUUCAUGGUGAUUUCGUGGUGAUUUUGUCAUGUCAUGGUGUUCUGCGUCGUGCGUGUUCGUGUAUCUGUCUGUCUGUCUAUCUACCUAGCUUUCGACGUAUACGUACGUUGUAUCUGGCAAAACGCAUCAGACUCCAAUCUAAAAAGUCUAGUCAACCUUCCAUCUCCCUCCCAGCAAGCCAUCGACUUAGCAGCCUGAAAAGCAACCACCCCGACAUCUGCAAAACCCUCGUGAUCCCCGUCCGUCAGUCCGGAAACGUCGUGUAUGAGAGAGCCAGCCUCGCUGUGCCCGGAUCAUUUCGCUCUUAUGAACGAAUACAUCAGACUGUGGAGCAGUGAUAUACAUACAUGUCAUGUCAGAAUUGCAAUUCGAAUGACAGACGUAGUUCUCUGGAGACUAGCCAUCACUCUAUUUGUCAAAACAGCAGAUGAACGGCGAUUUAUAGGAGAAAGGGGUCAUGAUUUGAUUCAUCCCGGUGCGUGCACACAGGACGACCGU